AUGGCAGCAGGCGGGCAGGCAGCCAGCCCGGAGCGCUGCCGGCGGCCGCCGCCCGCACACACAGAGGCCGCGGUGAUGGACGCGGAGCGCGCCGCCGGCCGGGACAGCGCCGAGGGAGGAAGGGGAGGACUGGGUGACUUCGUGUCUGCCCUUCCUCCCGAGAUCAGCUCCCGGAUUUUCAGCGGGCUGGACGUCGAGAGCUUGUGCCACGCGUCCCUGACGUGCAAGGGCUGGCACCGCGCCAUCGAGAGCAACGAGGGGCUGUGGCGGCACCACUGCCUGGCUGUGCGCGCCGUCUGCCAGCGGGAGAUCGACUGCGACCGCGGGAACGGGUAUUCCUGGAAGAUUACAUUGUUGAGAAACUACUGGAAAAGCAAAGUGAAGCAAGAAUGGCUUCGUGGGAAAUACAGCCACAUUCCUUCACAAUUCAGCUUGCCAGAGAAAAGCAUGUAUCCAAUGGACGUCGACACGUGGGGAGAAAUCUUGGAAGCAGAACUUGAGAGAUGAGAAAGCAGUACUGUCUCUUGCAACUCAAACAACUUUUGCCAAUCUCCCACACAGUGUUUGGCAGUUGCAAAAAUGACUUUGAAUGAUUUUGGACUGAUUAUAAAUUUAUGAUGAAAGCUUC